GCAAUUGUAGGUGGCACUGCUGGGUGGCACUGCUGGGCACAGGUGGGUGCACUGCUGGGCGGAACUGGUGGGUGGCACUGCUGGGCACCAAUCAUCAGGGCACUGAUCAUCAGUUCCCUGAUGAUCGGUGCCGAUCCCUCCUCUGACAACUGCUGGGCACUGAUGAUCAGUGCCCUGAUGAUCGGUGCCCAGCAGUGCCACCCGCAAGUUCCACCCACCUGUGCCCAGCAGUGCGCCCACUAGCUCCGCCCACCUGUGCCCAGCA